GGAGUCGAGUUUCAGGGCGGUUUAUAUGUUGAUAUUGGAAGCCGUGUGGAAAUAAUCAGUCAAUUUGGUCCUAAAGCAACCCUUUGCCGAGAAGAAACAUGAAUUCUAACUGCACAGAAGAUAGACCGAGCGAUGCCGCAUUCAUUGUUCUAUCGUUGUGGCUCGCUUUGUCUGGUUUAGCAGCUGUAUCCGGUAAUACAGUUGUGUUAUGGCUGUUCUACAAAAACAAGUCUCUACGAACAGUUUCUAACAGAUUUUUGGUAUCGUUGUCCAUAGCGGAUCUCUUGGUGGGAGCUGUUGUGGAGCCAGCCUUCCUAGUCGGAUAUCUUCCCCAGCCUUCACAUAAUCAGGAAAUCGAACAUUUCUUAUGGAUUCACUCUACAGCAGCAACGACAUGGAAUUUGUGCUGUGUUUCUGUUGACAGGUUCACUGCAGUUUGCUUUCCUUUCCGUUAUCAAGUGAUUCUAACAAACAAAAGAUGUUGUGUAGUGAUAACUGUGAUCUGGAUAAUCUCUCUGUUCCUUCCUUUCCCGAUAAUGUUUGUCAAAAAUGGGGCAACUGAUCAUCAAGCAGAACUGUGGUUGUCAUUUGCUUUUAUAUUAUUUGUGUUUCCGAUUAUCGUAGUAUCUUUCUGCUACAUUUUUAUUUUCAGAGCAGCUAAUAAACAACACAAACAAGUGAAGAAGGAACAUCAACGCACAAAUUACAGCUCACGCCAGGCUCUAAACAAUUUCAAAGCUAUCAAAACAGUUGGACUUAUUCUGGGUGUUUUCAUCAUUACAUGGAUGCCAUGUUUAAUCUUGGAUCUUGUCAUUUAUUAUUACCGUAAAAUAGAGCAUGGACAAUGCAACGAACACGAAUUGCAUUACAUGGCGUUGCCUUGGGUAAAAGCAACGGCUUUUACUUCAUCGGCGAUCAACCCACUGAUAUACUAUUUCAGAAAUAGUGAGUUUUGCCAAGCAUUCAGACGUACCUUUAAUUUUGAUCGAUUGCACUGUGCUCAUCAUAAAAAUGCACCAGACCUUAGAGCAAAGCAAGAGAAAACCCGGAAGGCUGGAAAUGUUGGAGCUCGUGGAAAAUUUCCAAAUAAGGAGACACAGCUGUAAGGACAACUAAGGCGAAUACUACCUGUUAGUCAUAAACUUGGCCACCCACCUUUCAUGAACAGAUUCUGAUUAAGCAGAACAUUGAGCCUUUUAUUUGAACCUUUUACAUAAUUCUCUUCGAUCUGCGAGAAAUUUCAAUUCAAGCCAAGAGAGGAUAGACAGGAUAUGCUUUCUUGUUUGAGCAGAAGCAUAUAGUGUUCGGCUUUCCAUUGUUGGAAAGGAUUCUUCUUUAACCCGGAAAGGUGGUCACCAAUUAGCCUUAGUUAUAAGCUGUGGUCAGUUAAUCUGGGGCGAUGUAAGAAAAACUUGACAGUUAUUGGCAGAUCUAGUGACGAACCUUUUCAUAACGUAGAUCCACUCUGAAUCUUUGAGCCCUUGCGAGCGAGCUACAGAUUGUAUAUGGAUUAUAUUUAUAUAUCAAUGGGCUAGAAUAUUUCACCGUAAGUACCUUUCUAGCGUACCGUGGUAAUGCUGAUUUAUAAAUAGGAUGUUGUGGACCGGCUCUAGACUGUUAAGCAUGGCUAAAUAAGUGUAACUCGAAUCAAGCUGUUUUUUGUGUGGUCACUCGAUAAGCUAUCAAUGAAGCUCAGGAUUGAGUUUCGCAACAAUUUUUGUAGUUUGAUAUCUUUUUGAUUUAUGUAGUUUUGUAGUAGGUAAUUUGAUGAAGUUAAGAAUGUACUUAAAUGAAUUCCACGUUUCCACCA